GAGUCCAAAGGUAAAAAAGCAUAUAAAAAUGCUACGUCAAGCAAGGGCCUCUCCCUAACAUCUUUCAGGCAUUCAGGAUCAUGGCCUAUAAAUUGCUUCAAGCAGCUGUCUGCUCCACCUUGCUAAUAAUAGAAGUAACAGGAGCCCCAUUUUUGAUGGAGGACCCAGCAAACCAGUUCCUACAUCUGAAAAGACAAGUAGUACACUUGCAAGAUUUCUGGAACCCAGACCACUACCCAGAUGGGAGGGGGAUUACACUGACUGAUGAGGCUUGGCAAGUUUGGACUGUUUUGAAAGCAAGUGUACAUCGCUAUUUUGACAAGAACAUAUUGGCUUUUGACAUAUCUCCUGCCCAGUAAAUGUGCUUGAGUCGUGAAAGAGAAAGAACAUGAUGUGGGAUUCCCCUUUGUAUGCUGUGAAUACAAUCGGUUAAUUAAUAAAGAAAACUGGCUUGGCCUGAUAGGGCAAAAGAAUA